CACUGGGGCACCAAUUUCUCCCCGUCUUUUCUUCUUCCCCUUAUUUCCUUUCUUCCUUCUUCUUUCCACGCUUUCCUCAACGCUUCUUAUUCUUCACCGGUUCACCCUGUAGUCCUAAGGUUUAACGAAUAGAGGAACCGUAUCCGAACCGUGUACGUGUAAAACUCGGUUCGAUAGCGGUCCGGUUUGAAACCGGUUGGGCAAGUUUAUAAAUAGUUACGUCGUCUUCAGGAGAUUUGCCGGGGUUUGCGCGAAGAAACUCGACUGAAUGUCUCUUGGAGGUUAAACCAUAUAUCAUUCAUUGUCUUGUAAGCUGGUGUCUUCUUCAUGGUCUUGUGUGGUAGAAUCAUCGUGAAAGCUAACAGAAUCUUUCGUUUGUCUUCGGAAGCUUAUUCUAUAUUCCCAAAUGUCUACAAGAGCUACUUUAGUAGGUUUUCAUCUUCAACAUGUUCUGCCGUGAAGAGUUACUCUUUUUUGGGCAAUGCACAUUCUCAUCAACCAGAUAAUAGCAUAGAUUUGGGGUGUAAGCAUGAUGCAGAUGCUGUCAUUGACAAAGUGCUUCAAGCAAACUGUGAUACUGAAGUGUUUCAGUUGCUAUUGCAAGAGUUUGGAUUUGAAAAAAUACGAAUCACCCACAGUUUAGUCGACAGGUUGCUUAUUCGUUUUCAAGAUGAUUGGAAGUCAGCAUUGGGCGUUUUUAGAUGGGUACAGUCAUGCUCAGGGUACAAUCCCUCACCCGAAUUGUACGAUAAACUGGUCGACAUAUUGGGGAAAAUGAAGGAAAUGGAGAAAAUGAAGGCUCUGUUGCAAGAAAUGCAAGAGGGCCAUCUUAUCUCGCUCAAAACCGUAGCCAAAGUGAUGAGAAGGUUUGCCGGGGCCGGAGAGUGGAAAGAUGCUGUAAAAACAUUCGACGAAUUGGAAGAUUAUGGAUUGGAGAAGAAUACCGAAUCCAUGAACUUAUUACUCGACACCCUCUGCAAAGAGCACAAAGUUGAGCAAGCUCGUGAUGUAUUUUUGGAACUGAAGCAGCAUAUUCGACCAAAUGCAAACACAUUCAACAUAUUUAUCCAUGGUUGGUGCAAAAUAAAAAGAGUCGAGGAAGCGCAAUGGACAAUUGAAGAGAUGAAGGGACAUGGUCUUCGCCCCUGUGUCAUCAGCUAUUCGACAAUCAUCCAAUUCUAUUGCUUUCGAGGGAAUUUCCAAAAGGUCUACGAACUUCUUGACGAAAUGGAAGUGCAAAAAUGUCCUCCUAAUGUCGUCACUUUCACGACUAUCAUGCAUUCUUUGACGAAGAACGAAGAAUUCAAUGAAGCUUUACGGGUAGCUGAGAAAGCCAAAUUAUCCGGAUGUGAACUUGAUACACAGUUCUACAAUGCUCUAAUACAUUCCCUAGGCAGAGCGCAGCGUGUGGAGGAUGCAAUAUAUGUAUUUACGGAGGAAAUGUGUUGGAAAAGCAUCAAUCCGAAUACAUCGACGUACAACACCAUGAUUGCCAUGUUCUGCCAUCACGGGCAGGAGAAUCGGGCGGUGGAAUAUCUUAGAAACUUGGAGAAUUCGUCGUGUUGUAAGCCUGAUGUGCAGUCGUACUAUCCGUUGCUCAAGUUGUACUUUCGGAAUGGGAAGAUAGAUACAUGCUUGGCUUGGCUGUUGGAUGAUAUGGUUAGAAAGCAACAUUUAUGUCUCGACUUGGCGACGUUCACCCUUUUGAUCCACGGAUUAUGCCGCGCGAAUAGAUGUGAAUGGGCGUACCGGCUGUUCGAGGAUAUGGUCGGGCAGAAUGUAAAGCCUCGAUACGUGACGUGCUCGAUGCUUCUUCGGGAAAUCAGGCUGAAGAACAUGUUUGAUGCUGCAGACAUGGUUGAAAGCUACAUGAGGAAGAUGAAAUCCUCCUGA